AUGAGUUGUGUUGAAGAUAAUAAACUAGAAUCUUCAAAUGAUAUAACUAUUACUAAUAAUUGUUCUACUACUUCUACUUCUAUUCAAUGUACUGCGUCUUCUUCAGAUCAAUCAGUUGUUGAUAUAAAUGAGGAAUCAGAAAAAUCUGAGCUAAAUGUCAUUCCUAAUCCUCUUACGCAGAAUAAUACAAAUAAUUUUAAAGAUCCAGCAGAUUGGACAAAUAGUAAUAUAUGUCGUAAUUAUAUUGCAAAAUUUGGAUAUGAUCAGAACAUUGAUGCAGAUUUUACCUCAUCAAAACGAACUUAUUCUGAUUAUGAUCGUUAUUGUAGUAAAUCAAUCUUUACGAAAAAUCGAAAAAACGGAGAAAAUGUUUCACGGAAAUGGCUUGUUUAUUCAAUUUCAAAAUUUGUAUUAUUUUGUGCUCCAUGCAAAUUAUUUGGAUGCAGUACUCAACUGGGAGAUGCUGGAUUUAAUGAUUGGAAAAAUGGACAUUUAGUUAUUUCCAGGCACGAAAAUUCUUUGGCACAUAAAAAUAAUACAUUAAGUUUUAUUACAUUACAAAGUGAUGUAGGUAGAAUUGACACUCAAUUGGCAACACAAGUGACUGAUGAAAUUAAUUACUGGAAAGCUGUUCUUCAUCGAGUUGUUGAAGUAAUUAAAUUUCUCGGUGCAAAAGGCUUAUCAUUCAGAGGUGAUAAUGAACAAUUUAACAAAAUUAACAAUGGGAACUUUUUGGGAACGUUAGAGUUACUUGCUAAAUUUGACCCUUUUAUUGCUCAACAUAUAGAAAAAUAUGGGAAUAGAGGGAAAGGAACUCCGUCUUAUUUAUCAUCCACAAUCUAUGAAGAACUUUUACUUUUGAUGAAGAAUGAUAUAAUUAAAAUUAUAUUAAAAGAAUUAAAAGCAGCCAAGUAUUAUUCUUUAAUUGUUGAUUCUACACCUGAUAUAGCAAACGUCGAUCAACUUGUUAUUGCAUUAAGAUAUGUUUUACCUAGUGGUGUACCUGCAGAAAGAUUUUUAAUAUUCAUUCCAAACAGUGGUCAUAAAUCUAAAGAAAUGAGCAAUGUUGUAAUGGAUUUUCUUAAUUCACACAAUAUACCAAUUGAAAAUUGUCGUGGCCAGAGCUACGACAAUGCGAGGAAUAUGUCAGGUCAGUAUUCUGGAUUGCAGUCAAGAAUUAAAAGUUUUAAUUCAUUUGCAGAGUAUGUACCAUGUUCUGCACAUUCUCUUAACUUGGUCGGAACGUGUGCAGCAGAAAGUUGUAAUUCUGCUACUUCAUUUUUUAUGCUUCUCCAGGAACUAUACAAUUUUUUUUCUAGUUCUACUGCACGUUGGGACAUUUUAAAAACAUAUUUGAAGAAAAAUCUUAGUGUAAAAAAUUUAUCAGUAACUCGCUGGAGUGCUCGUUUUGAUUCUUGCCAUGCUUUAUUUAAUUCUUAUGCAUUUAUAAUUGAAGCUUUGCAUAGUAUAGUUGAUAAUCAGAAAGAAAAAGCUGUAUAUAAAGUAGAAGCUAAUGGGUUGCUUGCAAGAUUAAAAACUUUAGAAACUGGUUUAAUGAUAUGCAUAUGGAAUUCAAUAUUAAACAGUUUUAAUGCUACAAAUAAAAAAUUACAAUCAACUGACAUUGAUCUUCAUACAGUAUUAGAACUAUAUAAUGGCCUUGAAAAUUACUUGGUACAGAUCAGAGAUGAUUUUGAUGUUUUUGAAAAUAAGGCUGUAGAAAUUACUGGUUGUUCGGAGUAUACCAAUGAUUCCAAGAGAAAAAAAAAGAGAAAGGCUAUGGCUGAUGAAUCAAGAUCUCAACCUCUCACAGAAAUCACAGGGAAAAUAGAUUUUAUUAGAAAUGUAUAUUAUGUGAUAAUUGAUACUCUUAAAUGUCAACUUAGUUCAAGAAGACAAGCUUAUGAAAAAAUAUCAGAUAUUUAUGGGUGUAUACCCACAUUGUAUAAAACACCGAGUUCUAUUGUUAUAAGGAACACAUGUGGAACGUUGGCAAAAUAUUUUAUUGAUGAUGUUGAAAACUCAAGCUUACUUAUAGAUGAGUGUAUUCUUUUUUCAAAAUUAAUUUCCACGGAUAAAAAUGUAAAAUCUGUUCUCUCUAUGUAUAAGUACAUCAAGACUAAAGAAUUAGAGUGUAUGUUUCCAAAUUUAGAAAUAGUUAUGCGUAUGUACCUUAGUACAGCAGUUUCAAACUGCUCAGGCGAAAGAGCUUUUUCUGUACUUAAAAGAGUAAAAUCCUACUUGAGGUCAACCAUGAAGGAGGAAAGACUGAAUGCAUUAGCAAUAUUUAGCGUUGAAGCAGAAUUGGUUGAAAAAUUAGAUUUUAAUGAUACUAUUAACACAUUUGCCCAUCAAAAAGCAAGAAAAAGAAAAGUAUAA